UUUCUCAACAUGGCAGAAGAGGAAGAGAUCACCUAUGAGGAAGAGGAAGAGGAGGAAUAUGUAGAGGAGGAAGCAGAGGAGACCAUUGUGGAGACCAAAAAGGAGCCGGUGCCCCCCAAACCGACCCCUCCCCCUCCCCCUCCUGCCACUGUCCCUCCCCUGCGCCGAAAAUCGUCUGCUAAUUAUCGGGCCUACGCUAUUGAGCCACACGACAAGAUAAAAUGCAAGAUAACAGCUUCUCGGAAAUUGCAACUCAAGUCACUGAUGCUUCAGAUGGCUAAGAAGGAAAUGGAAAAGGAAGAAGAAGAGCGGGCCCAGGAGAAGGAUCGAUUUCUCUCGGAGCACUGCAACCCCUUAGAACUGGCAGGACUCGGCCACGCAGAAUUGCAGGAGCUAUGUCGGCAGCUCCAUGUACAAAUUGACAAAGUUGAUGAGGAGCGUUAUGACACGGAGGCCCGGGUCAAUAAGAACAUCAAUGAGAUCGAGGAUUUGAACCAGAAGAUUUUUGACCUGCGAGGCAAAUUUAAGCGCCCUGCUCUUCGCCGGGUGCGUCUCUCAGCUGAUGCCAUGAUGCAGGCCUUGCUUGGGUCUAAGCACAAGGUCUCCAUGGAUCUGCGGGCCAACCUCAAACAGGUCAAGAAGGAUGACACAGAGAAGGAGAAUCGGGAGGUAGGUGACUGGCGGAAGAAUAUCGAUGCUCUGAGUGGCAUGGAAGGGCGCAAGAAAAAAUUUGAGACCUCUGUCGCCGGGCAAGCCUGAGGCAUCAGAUGGGGUUUCCUGUGUGGUCUCUGAUCUGUAGUUGCUAUAGAUCCCUGCCGAAUCCUCAUCCUUUGAAUGCGUUCAGUGUUGGGACAAAAAGUGUGCCUUGGAGUUUUGUUCUGCAUCCUACAACUUUCCUUUCUCUUGCUUUGGGGAGCAUCCUAGCUCUGACCACCACCAUAAGAAUGAUACAUUUAAAAUUUGAAGUAUGUGUGUUUGUAUGGAUAGUGGAAGGAGUGGGCUGGGGGCCAGCAAGGCUGAGUGGGCUUUAGAAAUGCUGCAGAAGAUACGCUUUGGACCUUGAAUUUGCUUCUCUGUUACUCAUUAGAGCAGCCCAAUUUUUUUCAGGCUUUCCCACAAACGGGAAAAAUAAAGUAGCUGCUGCUUUGAAAGUUGCAUUAAGUAUAGAUUCCUUAAAGCAGGAGCGCCUUUAUUUUUUAAAAUUCCUGCUGAAAUCUGAAACGUGUUGGGCCGCACAGUAGAGCUAUUUUAAUGAAGAGCAGAGAGAUGCAGCGCUCACCUCAGCAACAACAUUUCCAAAUCAUUUUUGAAGCCUGCGUGCCUCUAAUAGUGGGAUGAUCAUAUCUAGACUGCAACGGUGGCCACCAGAUGGCUGCCAGGAGUUGAAGCUUUGGGGAUCUCCUUGCUGCAACCUUCUGGUCAACUGGAUUGUUACAGGUCAGUGAGUGUAUAGCGAGCCUCCUGAUACAAACGAUUGGCUUAGCACAUGCAUACAUACCCCCUUGUCCUUUUUUAAGGGGUGCCUUUUACAGCUGGUAUAUGGAUGAAGAGAAACUGCAAUCAAAGAGCUCUCUUCGUUGCAGAUUCAGAUAUGCCUUGAGAUGGUAGAACUUUCUCUUGAUCCAGCAGAUGGCUGGAGGACUGUCAGAGCCUCCUUUGCAGGCAGGGCAUCCACAGGAGGGGUCAAGAAGGCCACGAUGGGGGCUGCAGCCGUGCAAUUGCAGCCCACCCCUUUUUUAUGCACAGUCACAACCGCCAUCUUGACUUUUUGACCAUCCCCUGAAGAUGCCCCUGUCUGGAUGCAUGCUUAGUUCACCCUUACGUGGAAGCCCUGAGAUUUCUGAUGCCACGGAAGGAAGAAAAAAAAAAGCUUUGCAAUCCAAUUAGCUUUUGUAGCUACAGUAGUUACACUAAGGGGUGUUUUAGAAACAACAACAUUUUGCACAGUAUUCCAGUAAGGAUGUUCAUUGUCCGUCAGAAAGUUGCACAUUUUAUUGGCAAAUGCAAGGCCACCACAGUUCAUCUCGAGUGCACUUUCCCCCUCAGUGCAAAAAUUAGGGCGGUUCACGCCUGCUUUUUGCUUCCCGAUUCUGAUCACUUUCAAAGCCAGCUUGGAAAUUCCAGCCAGUUUAUCCUGGGAUAACCAGCAAUGAACUCAUCUGAACCCUUGAUCCCUUUGUAACAGCAAUAGGCGACUUUUUGUCUAACGUGGCUCCAGGGCACUUCCCUUGGCACGUGCCAGCUUCCUGUACCACCCGGGUUUUGGGAUUGUUUGAAUUAAGGUAAAUUAAAAACUAGUAUUUUGCAACAUA